UUGCAGGAGUGCAUUCCUGCAUUGUGUGCCACUUUGUGCAACGUUAACAAAAGUCGCCCUUCGCUCCUAUCUCGCUGAAUUUGAGCCGAUGGAGGAAUUUACCAACCUACCGAGGACCCCAGACGGACCAGGAACAAUCGCCGCCCCCCCCCCAAGUGAUGUUCAUCGCGACGCUGCUUUUGGCGGCCUGCGUGGCCGCCUCCACGUCGAUACCGCCGUCGACAGUGACCAACAUUGCGUCGGCCACGCCAUCAACCACCCUGUCCAUAACUUCCACCUCACCUCUGACGUCCGCAAAGGCCGCGAGGACGCUGCCCUCCAUUAAUCUCUCCUCCAACGCCGCGCCCUCGCCGGCUCCUCCGACGGCCCCUCCCACCUCCACCAGCACCCAGCGACCUUCAACAGGGACAACUAACGUCCAAAAAACGACGGCCAAGGCGAGUCCGACGACCGUCCUUUCAACCACCAAGGCGGCCAGCAGCCCCAGCACGGCCACCACCGGCAGCACCCAGGCGGCCACGGAGGCCACUUCAACCACUGCUUUUGAGCAGUUCACAGCCUCCUUGGGCAGUUUGCCGCCCCCGGCACAUCUGCCCACCCUGCUGGAGGAGCGACUUGACACGCUGGCCUGCGACAUCAGUUUGCCGCCGAAUGCCAAAAUCUGGAGGGCAAACCAGACCGAGGAGUUGCUGCUUCCAAUUCAGGGUGAGCCAGUGAAUGAGGACAACGCGUGGUCUGGCACGUCGGUGGUGCAGACAGGCGACGUCUUGCUCGUGAAAAUUGACGACGCACCCCUCGAGGCGGCUGCCCGGAACAGGACGCGCAAACCACCCAUGGAUGUGGACACGGACGGUCAGCACAGACGCAGACAACCAGACUUCUCCGUCUAUCAGGUGACGCGUCUCGGCUACGAGCACUGCGACGCCACCGAGGGCGUGUUGCUGGACAUCACACCCCUGCAGGUCGACGGCCGCCAGGUGGUCACCCUGUAUGACAAAGACCUCACCGAAGGCAUCAAUCUGCUUAUAGUUGUGUCAACGAAGUGGCUGGACGAGCGUUGUGUUCGACUGCGGGUGGUCGUCAAGUCUGACAAUUGCGGCGACGCUCAGGACUGCUCGGCAAAAGGCGUUUGCUUCACCAACGGAUCAAUGGAGGGUUAUGAGUGUCAGUGCUGCGCUGGCUUUGUGGGUGCCCACUGUGAAGAGCAGGACGCUUGUUACCCCAGCCCAUGCCAAAACCACGGCAUCUGCGUCGACAUCUCUCAAGGCCACGAAGGCACCACCUUCCAGUGUCUCUGCCCUUAUGGCUUCACUGGCAAAACUUGCGAGCAGCAGGCCGACCCUUGCGACUCUUCCCCCUGUUUGAAUGGCGGAACGUGCGCUGGCAAUGCUACUCACUUUGAGUGCGCAUGCGCAGCUGGCUUUGUUGGUCAACUCUGCCAGCACAACAGGGACGAGUGCGCAAGCGCACCUUGCGUCCACGGUAUCUGUGUCGAUCAAGAAGACGGAUACAGAUGCUUCUGUCAGCCAGGUUUUGCGGGCGAGCACUGCGAAUACGAGUACAACGAGUGCGAAAGUUCACCGUGCAUCAACGGCGGCACGUGCACCGACCACAUCGGUGGCUACUCUUGUGACUGCGGCCGCGGCUACUCGGGAAAACGGUGCCACGUCAAGGUCGAUCUGUGCGACCCUAAUCCAUGCGCCGAGCACCGCUACUGCCUUGACCGCGGCAACAACUACUCAUGCGAGUGUCCCAAGGGCUUCACUGGACCGGACUGCAUGCAGCCAAGCAAAUCGGCGUGCAGUGGUAAGCCAUGCAGAAACGGCGGCACUUGCUGGAGUUCUGCGAACACCUUUUACUGCGCCUGUCGACCUGGAUUCACCGGAAAAACAUGCCAAGACCGCUUCCUGCUGGAAGCCAUUCCGACGCCGCAGCAUCCGUCUGAUCCCUACGAGCCGGCCGCACCCGCCGACGCUGCUCUUGACAUCCCCAUCUCCAUUCACCUGGAUCAUUUGCACAGCGUUUACAUUGCUGUUGGCACGCUGGCCUCGGCUCUGCUCAUCGUAACCAUCACCGUGACAGUUUGUCACUGCCGCCUGCACAAAACCUACAGAAACUGCACCAUUCUGCCCUUCAGAAGCAGGCGCCUCAUGGAGGAGCACUGCCCUUCGAGUCCAUGUGCUCCAUUGAACAAGUUGUCAGUGCCGGACAAGGGUCGGCCGUUGGCCUCGAGCAGGUCAUUUCCGCCUCUCGGUGACUCGGACAUGUACUACACGUUGGACUUCAGCGAUAGCCAGAGCUCACCGCUGAUCCAGUAGAAUUUUGCAGGACUUAAUAAGUGCAGAGAGUGUGGGAGGAAGAAUCAAACCUCAUUUCAGUGUGCUUGCUUGUAUAAAAAAAAUUGCUGUUUGAUUUGAGAGAGGAGAUUUUCAUGUAUAUGUGAUACAUCUUGUUUGCAUAAAAAAAUCAUUUGCACUCCGAAUCGCUAAAUCGGGAGUAUUUUGUCGCUGACACUCAUAUUCAUGUAGGUAUGGUUAAUAAUAAAAAUAUAAACUUUAGAGACCAGGUUACGUGAAAAGUACAUACCACGGAAAGAGUUACUAUCAAAGUUGAAAUCGAAUUGAAGCUCAGUUGUUAUUUAUGAAAGUGAAAGAGAAUUUUGCCAAAUUGUAACCCUGCAUCAUAUUAUAAUAUAAUUUUUGUAAUGAAGUGCAGCUGAUUGUUUACAUGCAUGCAGGUUGUGCGAGUGGAUUCAGAUGUUACAGAUUAAAAAAUUAAUUUGAUUUCUUGAAGCUUGAGCAAUUUCAUCUCUGGCAACUUCUUGUAAAUUAUUGUAAAACUUCAAUCCAGGGUGCCAAUUUUAGAUUUAAAAACUUAAAAAGAGUUAAAAUCCAUGCUGGCCGCUCUUGUGAUGUUGUCUGUGUAUGUACAUAAGAUACUUACUAACUAUAUGUGCGUGGUAAAAUAGUUGUGUAAAAAUAAAUCAAUUUCUGCAAAAUAUACUUUGUAGCAGAGGGAAAUUUUAAAUCACCAAAAUGUAAACAAAAACUUUUUACGAAAAUUCUAAAUUAAAAUCUUAAAUAAACAUUGAAGUUUUAAAGUUUUAGAAUAACUCGAUUUGUACAUUUUUGACUCGACCAAAAGCGUUGAGAAAUGUGUUAAAUUUUUGUGUUAAAAAGCAAGAAACACAUUGAGCCCUUAAAUGAAUGUCAGCCUCCGUCAACUCUGGCACACCGGCAAAAGGGAAUUGAUUAAGACGUGGCCAAGUGAUUCACAGCAAAGUCAACAAACCAAUCACUUUUCAAAAAUUUCACAAAAUUAAUUCAGCUCUUUAAAUCCAGUGGUGGUUUGAUUGGCUCGGAACACUUGUCCACUUUAACAAUUCCGCUGUGCUGUGUCAGGUCCUUGUAAAAUAUAAAUUACUUUAAUCUGCUCGUGUAAAUUAACUAAUUGAAUAACUGCUCUUGAAACUCCAUCCACUCCUGAGAACUUUCCAAAAGUGAGACGCUCGAGGCCUGCUCGGCCAAAAUCAAGAUGUCUCCUUAUAAUAGCUAAUUUGUUUGCAAAAAGUGCAAAUGAGAUUUUAGAACAGAUGAAGCCUGUAAAUAUGAGAGAAAAUUUAAACGAUGUUUUGCGCUGAGACAAUUAAGUAAAGUACUCAAUUAUAGUCAUUUGGAAAAUUUGUUAUAGCGACUGACGAGUCUAAGCACACUCAGCGCCAGGUGUUUCAUUCAAUAAAUCAACAUGG